AUGGCCGAGAUCGAAUCAGACUCCAUUGGCGUCCACUUCCGGUUCCGGUCAGUCAGCACCUCCAGUAUCAGCAAGGAUCCCAACAACUCCCAGCCAACACCAGCACCGAAGUUGAAGGGCUCCCACACCAGCCUGCUUGCUCAUUUGGGUCCCGCCGCCGGUGCACCCAGACCAGGCACACUUCCGGGUUUCGUAAGUACAGCUCCCCCCACCAACGCACAUCACGCUCGCCCGGAACAUGCCCCCUCCUCUCCCCCCCGGGACACACAAACAUUCCGACGGUACUUCCGGGUACACAGCCCUCCAAAGGCGGGGCAGAGGGGCCGGCAAACGCACUCAUACCCCCCCUCCCCCAGACGCAUAUGCUCCGGAAGCAUGAGCGUACCACAUACGUAA